AGAACUCCUGGAUGCAAUGCUCGCUGAAAGAAGUCCAUGUCCUCUGGCAAUGUUCUCGGGCUCAGUUUCCCUUGGCAAGGGUCCCAAAGUGCAGUGUCCCCCAGACGGAGCUCGGGGGUGUUCCCUGGUGACACUCCGUGAGAGCAGUGUCCCCCUGGCGGCGUUCCCCGGGCGCAGCGGCUCCACGACGGAACUCCGCGGGGGGGCCGCGGCACCUUGGCGGAGUUGCCCGGGCGCAGCGUCCUCCUGGCGGAGCUCCGCGGGCGCAGCGGCCCCCUAGCGGAGCUCCGCCUGACGAGGGCCGGCCGACGCUCCUUCCCCGCAGGUGGCGCCGCAGUCCCUCGGCCGUCCCCCGGGCCCCGGGCGCGGUUUGAAGCCGGCGUCUCCCGCGGCCCGAGUCCCAGCCCCAGCCCGGCCCCGGCCCUGGAGUCGGCGUCACUCCUCCCAGCUACCUGCCCACCGUCCCGGGAGCGGGAAACCGAUGGAGACGACGGAGAGGAAAAGAAGCCGAAAAUCGCAGAGCUUCAAGAGAGUGGCCGAGGAUUGUCAGGAUGAUGACCGUUCCGACAGCAGUAGUGAAAAUGUAGGAAAGACGCAGGACUCUCUGUAUGUUACAGGUAAUAUAUGCGAGGGUCUGAAGAAGCAAGUUUCUGGGAUGCGGCGCUUAUUGGACAGCAGAGUUAAUAGUGUGAGGAUCCAUCCGCCAUUGAUGCAAAGCAGAGGAAAACUGAAGCGGGAACCAGAGCCUCGAGAGUUAACGUGGCUCCAGCGCAACACAAGUCUGCCCAAUGCCCAUCGCGACGAGCCACAUUCGUCCCAGAGUGUUGUCUGGAAAGAUAUCCAAGUUCAAACGCAUGAUACCUUUGUUUCAGGAGGAUACAGUGGUGAAGGCUGUAGAUCGUCUAAACCAAUCAUCGAUGCAAGUACUGAAAGAAUUCAAGGCAUCUUGGAAAGCAAUGGGGAGAUGCCAUAUUCUGCAUUGGGGUCUAACUGUUGCAUGUGCAACUGUCAGCCAACAUUACUGGCCAUACUGCAGGAACUGCGAGCAUUGCGAGAGCUGAUGCAGGCACAAGCAGGUCCUCAGAGCACAGUGCACGUUGCGUCAACCCACACCAAUCCAUUCCGUUCCACUUUGCUGCGGAAUAAGAUCAUUAAAAAAAGACUGAUCCACAGGCUCAGACCUGUUCCAGCUCAGCCCAGUCGGAAACUUCACAAUCAGAACAUCAGCAUGCCACAGGCAGAGAAGAACCAUGCGUUAUCCACAGAGAGAUUGACCACAGAAAUUAACCCAAGGCAGGCUCCACCAAGCCGGGCAGAGGGCUGUAUUCCUGAAAUGGAAAGCAUGCACAACAGUGACCUUUUAGAGCCUGAAGUCCGACUUUCAGAUGGAUACGACGUGUUCAUUCCCAAGUCCCAGCUCGAGUCCAUAUUACUCAACUACUCUCGCACGGGGAGUCUGCUUUUUCGGAAGCUUGUCUCUGCGUUUUUUGAUGACCGAACGCUGGCGAAUUCUCUUCCCAAUGGGAAGAGGAAACGAGGAGCAAAUGACAACAGGAAGGGUCUGGAUCAAAAUAUUGUGGGAGCAAUAAAAGUUUUCACAGAAAAAUAUUGCACAUUAAAUCAGAUUGACAGAGUUCCUGGACCAAAGGAUUGGAUACAGAUUCUCCAAGAUCAAAUCAAGCUGGCAAGAAAGCGUUUAAAAAGAGGUUCCGUUCUAGAGCCAUUUGAAUCCAGUGGGAAGAUGGGAACCAGUUUCGUUCUAAGCACCGGAGGGAGCAGUAAUGCAGCCAGCUCAAGUGACAUAUGGAACACUUCAGAACUAGUCCGUACAGUUCAAAUGUGAUGUUUGGACAGCUGUUUUUUUCUAAUGGAACGCAAUCAAUGUAGAGGCUGGAUCAAAGUCAACCCUUUACAUUCAUAUUCAUUUUCUCUCUGUCUCUUUCAUCUCUCAAGGCAUCUGCUAAACCAGUUGUGAUGUUCCUUUAUAAAUCUUUUAUUCAUUUAACAUUCAAGUUAACCGUUGUAAUUUUCCUGAUAAAUAUGUAUAUUCCUGUUGCUCGAAAUAGCAUUUUGUGCUGCUGUUGCAAAUAAAAUCAGUCACACAGCACAGGAACAGGCCCUUCAGCCCAACUCGUCCAUGCCGACCAAGAUGCCCACCUAAGCUAGUCCCAUUUGCCUGUGUUUGGCCCGUAUCCCUGUAAACCUUUCCUAUCCAUGUAUCUGUCCAAAUGUCUUUAAAAUGUUGUAAUAGAACCUGUAUACCACUUCCUCUGGCAGCUUGUUCCAUAUACUCACCACCCUCUGUGUGAAAAUCUUGCCCCUUGGGUCCCCUUUAAAUCUUUCCCCUCUCACUUUAAGUCUAUAUCCUCUAGUUUUAGAUUCCCCUUGAAUGGGAAGAAGACUAAUCAUUCACUUUAUAAUGUAAGAGGUUGCUGCUGGAACAUUACAAGAUGAGCACAGGUUUCCCCUAAUAACCCAACACCAAACUAAUUGUAAUUAGGGAAUUGUACAAAUCAACUUUUCUUUAAAUAUGUAACUCAAGUUAGUUUAAAUAAUUCCCAGAAUUAUUCUAGAGUACAAAUUGUAAAAUAGAAGAUGCUAAAUUGGCAAUUGAUUUACUCUCCACCUAUUCUUUUGCACUGACCUGAAAUACAGGGUCAAAACCAUGGGACAGUAGAUGUUUUGUGACAGUUUUAUGAAGCCCUGGUGGCACUCUCAGUAUUUCUGGGCAUCACAGGGUGUAUUAGCUUUGGAGGGAGUGUGGCUUAGAUUUAACAUACUGAUACCUGGAUACCAAAGGUUAAGUUACAAAGAGAUAGCCCACAAACCAGGGUUGCAGUCUCUUCAGUUUUCAAGAUGUUACGGGGGUCUGUUUGGGUAGAUUGAAACUAUUUCCACUGGUUGGAGAGGUUGGGGCUAAGGGGUAAAAUCUAAUAACUGGAGCUAAGGCUUUCUACUUGCAGAGAAUGGUGUAAAUUUAGAAGCUGCUUCUGUAAACUGCAGAUGAUGAUCAGUGGGUUGUUAAUUCUGUUAGAUAUUUGAUAACCAAAGGUAUAAUGGAAGAUGGGGGGAAGGCAGUUCGGUGGAAUCAUUGACUGAUGGGACAAGCUUACAAAGUUAAAUAGCCCACUGCAUUCCUGUGCCCCUACAACACCCAUAUCCUGAGAGGAAUAUUAUUUUAUCUUCACGAGUUAGUUAUCAGGAUAGCAUAAUCAUUUAAAAGGAUGCUUAUUUCAGCAUAGAUUUAUUUUCUUUUACUUGUCAUGUCUGUGGAUUGUUCGGUGGUUUUAAUUGAAGAAACUGUGAUAAAUGUGAAGUUUUAAUAGCAGAGGCAGUAUUAUGCAAUUACUACUGACCCAAGUUAGUAUUUAAUCCAGCUCCUUUUACUUAUCAGCAACACUGAAGCAAAAAUGGGUGUAUUUCACUGUAGGUGACGUUGGUGCUCUCAGAUCAGACAUGAGAAAGAUGCUGUUAAAGAGAGGGCUCGCUUUACAGAUUGAUUUUACUAGCCAGUUGUUCAGGAAAAUAAUUGUGCAAUUAACAACUUAGUUCAGAAAUAAUUUAUAAUUGUUUUUGUUUUUAGAGGCUUAUUUACUAAUUGUUAUUAGUUUUUAAAAUGGAAUAAUUAAUUUUUUAAAAAACUAUCCUCAUUUUAUAAGAUCAUUGAGGUAUGUAAAUAAUUUGGAUUUUUAUUAGAAAUUGUGAAAUUAGUUAAACCUGGAGCAAAAAGUACUGUAAUAUAUUGUCAGUUACAGUUGUUUUAAUAUGUAACACUUGUAUUCAUCUUUGUAAUAAAAGUUGCUACAGUUGUU